AAAAUAAAAAUAAUAUAAAUAUUUAUUUGGUCACCCUAUCGUGCGAUCGCAUCAAACACUUGAUUAACCAAAAAACUAAUAAUGGUUGAAUGUGUGCGAGGGCAAAUAUUCGAGGUGGGACCGAGGUACAAUAAUUUGUCCUACAUCGGCGAGGGUGCCUACGGUAUGGUUGUGUCGGCCUGGGACAACCUGAACAAGAUGAAAGUGGCCAUUAAGAAGAUCUCGCCCUUCGAGCACCAGACCUACUGUCAGCGCACACUUCGCGAGAUUAAAAUACUGACCCGUUUUAAACACGAAAACAUCAUAGACAUCCGGGACAUAAUCCGCGCGCAGAACAUCGACCUAAUGAAAGACGUGUAUAUCGUUCAGUGCCUAAUGGAGACGGACUUAUACAAGCUGUUGAAGACCCAGAAGCUGUCCAACGACCACAUCUGUUACUUCUUGUACCAAAUACUGCGGGGCCUGAAGUACAUCCACUCGGCGAAUGUACUGCACCGGGACCUCAAGCCAUCCAAUCUGUUGCUGAACACGACCUGCGAUCUCAAGAUAUGCGACUUCGGGUUGGCUCGGGUGGCGGACCCCGAACACGAUCACACGGGCUUUCUCACCGAAUACGUGGCCACCCGAUGGUAUCGCGCGCCAGAGAUUAUGCUUAACAGCAAGGGCUACACCAAGUCUAUCGACAUCUGGUCUGUCGGCUGUAUUUUGGCCGAAAUGAUCUCAAAUCGACCCAUUUUUCCCGACAGCGCCUUCGGUUUGCACCCAAUUCUUCGAGUCAUGGGCUUUGGAUCUAUUAUUAUUAUGGGGUGUCUUCGGUGGUCUACCUCUUCUGCUAUGACUGUGAUUAUCAUUGGGUGGCUUCACAUCCAGCGAAUUGUCUUCGUUAGGGUUACGCCUCUGAGGAAUGGUUGGCUUAAACGUGCGCUUAAGAGCACCGCCUUUGGUGGUGAUCGGGGCCGCAGUCGAGCCCAUCAUCUGAAGCGACGCCGAAUGGGAAUCGCCUCGAAG